GCUCGUCUCAGUCCCGCUCAGCCGUCGCGCCACGACGACGCCCGCUAGUCGCGAACCUCCGCUCGAUCCGAACGCUCGCUGCACCGACUCCGCGCGCGGCGAAAAUAGUGAGCUCGGUCGUUCGCCGGGAGCGAAGAGGCCGAUACGAGAUUCUAGUGCGAGCAGUGCGGCGUGAUGCUGCCCGCCGUGCUGGUGCUGGCGCUGGCGGCGCUGGCUCCGCCGGCCGCCGCGCGCCGACACGCGCCCGACCUGCGCGAGGACGAGCCCGCUCGCCGCACCACGAGACCAGCCGAAUGCCAGUUCGGCAAGCAAGCUAAGGAGCUGGGCUCCAAAUGGUUCGCGGACCUCGGCCCGCCUUUCGGAGUUAUGUACUGCAUCCAAUGUGAGUGUGUUUCGGUUCAAAAGAAACGUCGCGUAAUGGCAAAAGUGCACUGUCGCAAUAUCAAGAACGAAUGUCCGGAGCCGUCUUGUGACACCCCAGUGCUGCUACCCGGCCGGUGCUGUAAAACGUGUCCAGGGGAUGACACACCUGAGGAUAGCCCGAUGGUUGUUAUGGGUCCUGAGGAAGACGAACUAAGUAUGAAACAUUUUGCUGCGCUUUUAACUGGUCGGUCUCCGCUAUGCAUCCGUCGCGAUGACAUGACCGGAGUGCCAGUUGCUCCAGGGGUGGCCACAGCUCGGUUCACUUUCCGACGACGCCACCUGUAUUGGUCGGUGAUCUUAGGGCCUUCCAUGACACCCCCAAGGGCUCUGUCCUUUUUGGACAGAGGGGAGAGAUUAUUGCUUGAGCAUCCGUUGAAGAAGGCAAAAGGAGUCCACGCGACAUAUGAAGAAAAAACUGAGAAGUUGUGUGGUGUUUGGCGCCGGGUGCCUCGCGAGUACAAGCGGUUACUCCGCGAGGGUUCCUUAUACGUGGCUUUGAUAUGGGGUGAUGAAAGAAACAGCACUAUGGACAGUACCUUGAGCGGACGCAUUAACAGGUAUCCGGCAUUAUCCACCGAAAUGUUCACGUCACUUCUCGAGCCCGAACAGCCACCUUCAGUUUUCGAAAAAGGAGCUUGUGACGACGUUCGCAUGCCUGGCCAAGAGCCAGGAUGGUGGGGCGGAACUGCAGUGGUGACCGGGGCCGCAGGAGCGGCGCCCAGCUUACACCUAGCUCUUAUUUACAAUGGAGUCUUCCCACCCACCGGCAAAGAUCAUGCUGUCAGAGUGAUGCUCACACUGCCGGAGAAAAAUCAAACGAUUAUAGACGAGAUCCAACCUGUGUCUAAACCAAGCUAUGAGAUAAACAUCCUCGAAGUCUCUACGCCGGUAUCAGCAGCAGAGCUACGUUCACUUUCUCGGGGCCGUCUACUUCUGACUGUGGAAGCGGAAGGAGCCCCUGAGCGCCGCAUUUCAGGAAGCGUCAGGCAAAGGGCUGCCUGUGAGGUGUUCCAUUCCCCACUGCUAGCGGAAAGAGCACCUGCCUCACUUGCUCCUGAAGGCAUGGCUGUGCUGUACAUUGAUAAGGAGGGAUCGCUUGUGUAUGACAUACAGGUCGAAAAUUUGGGAAUCACUGAUCCAAAGAUUACUCUAGUCGAAGAGCAAGGAAAACGUCAUUCUCAAGUUGAAAUUCUGGACACAAGAAUGGGAGUUCUGGCUCGACCCAGUGCUCGCAUUUUCCCACCAUUGUACGAGGAUCAGUUGGCUGUCCAUAUCGGAGCUGAUGUUGGUCCUCCUAUCCUCCGCGGCCGCCUGACGUCCCGGCCGCUGCCGGACGCCGCAGGCGAGGGACCUGCCCUGCUCCGCCGAACCGACGCACGCGCACCCGUCUCCGCUACCCCCAUCGCUGGUCUUGCCUGGCUGUCGGUUGAUUCUCUUUGUGGAAUUCAUUAUGAGGUGGUAGUAACCAGCAACCCGGGCGUAUGGUCGGCGUUCCUCGAGACCCACGCGGCGUCGGGCGCCAACUCGCGAAUGCUGGCCGGCAUGGAAGGCUGCGUGCUGGAGCCCCAUCCUGCCGAGCUGGCAGCCUUGUACGCUGGAGCUGCCUAUCUAGAUCUGAGGGCGCCGGAUAACGACACUGCUUUAUUGCGCACGCGAUUACCACAGAUAAGCGUGCCCGAGUCGUGCCUGCCGUCUUUGUCGUGGCCGACGGAUAACGCGCUGAGUGUCAACUACCCCCCUGAGCAGACGAAUUCGUUGCCGCCAGACAACUCUUUACCGAACACUGCCUCGUGCUACUACAAUGGAAGAUUUUACGAAGACGGCGCCCAAUGGAUGUCAGCUGAGUCAUGCAACAUGUGCGGUUGCGAGCAUGGCGUCCUCCGCUGCGAUCCCGUCAGGUGUCCACCCGUCAACUGCGCCGUGCCAACUAUCCAGCCUCCUGGACAAUGCUGCCCUAUUUGCACCAAUUCAACCACAGCAGUAUGGAACGAGUCUCACGGCUGCCACUUAGCCGGUCAGUACCACGCGCCCGGCUCCUCGUGGCACCCGUACCUGGUGCCGGGCGGCUACGACACGUGCGCGGUGUGCACGUGCGAGUUCCCGACGCGGCAGGUGAAGUGCCCGCGCGUGCGGUGCCCGCCGCUCAAGUGCUCGGACAAGGAGGCGUACAGGCCAGAUAAGAAGGCGUGCUGCCGGGUGUGUCCUGAGGUCAGUUCACCAACUUACUAG